AUGUGGUAUCUCAUGGAAGGUGUUCAAAGAUCAUACACGUUAUCCCAGAGGCUCAUGUAUGCCAUCGGUGUGGUAACUCCGUGUGCCACAAUAGAUGGGGAACGCGAAGACAUUGAAGACCUCCUUCGACAGGGGGCGGACGUGAACCGCCCCUACGGAACCUUUCUCCCAAUUCAUUGUGCGUGUAUGAUGGCAAAAGCCGAUAUCGUUUCUACACUACUACGGUGGGGAGCUGACGUGAACCAGCUCGACGGAUUCCACAGAGCGCCAUUGCACCACGCGGUCGAGAAAAGCGCGCAAUGCGUAAAGCUCCUGCUUCUGGCGGGUGCGAAGACUGAAAUGCAGGAUCUAAACGAGAAUACCCCGCUCCAUUGGGCGGCCUUUCGGAACAGGGCUGAAUGCUGCAGAUUGCUCCUGCAGUGUAGAGCGAAUGUCAAUGCCCGGGAUGUCAACAAUGACACGCCCUUGAACUGGGCCGCAAUGAAAGGGAAUUUCGAGAGCGUCCGAGUUUUGCUCGAAUACAAUGCACUGCCAGAUAUCAUCUCACAUGCUAGAAUGUUGCCGAUCACCAGAUUAGCCAUUCUUCUGGCAGCCGGCUUGUAUACACCCGAGGAUGAAACAUGCUUCGACUAUGUGAUGAGGGCAAUGGGUCAUGUCGAGGUUCGAAGUACACGGAGGGAUAAGCCCGGAGUCAUGCAAUUGCCCAAUCUCCUCGCCAGAGACGUGAAACUUUCGGCGAGACUGAGCGAUAUCUGUUCGAACGCGCGUUCUCUCCAAAAUCUUUCGCGUUUCGCGAUACGCAAAUCUCUAGGAUCUUCCCACUUGCCAAGCGCGGUCGAGCGUUUGAUACUUCCACGAACUUUGAAAGACUUUGUGCUUCUGAAAUACUGAAAAAUUGUCGAGACCAGUAUUCCUCAGAUCUCUUGGGGGAAAGGGACGCGCGUCAAGAGAGUCUGUCCAGACAUCGGGAAUUCCCGAGGAAUGCGGAAUCUCCUUCUCGCUCUUUUUCGCAGCCCAUGUCUGGCAUGCUAUCGAUCGUGAGUCUCGGUGGAUCACUGAUUCGUCGGGUUCUCCCGGUAUGCGUGUGACAUCAGCAGCUAUAGCUUUACCGAGACCUACUGCGUUUUACAGGAAUUUGUAUUUUGCCUCGAGGAGAUUCUUGGGAAAAUGUAGACUGAGCGAUCGCAGGAGGCAGCGAAUAUGGGUUACCAUUUAAUUCAUGAGCUCUCCGAAAAAAAGAUCAGAGACAUGAGCGCUACCGGUAGAAAUAGACAGGACGAGACGAGGUUCAAUUACGGAUCAACCUCAUCGGAAGAUCCCGUCUUGAACACUGUCCUGUGUGUCUGUAUGUAUAUAUAUUUAGAUCGAUUCGGGUGGGUUUUCCGAAUUCUUGUGCAAUAUACAUCGUCGUGAACCUUUGUAUUUUACGGGAUCAAUCGGAUCCUCGUACCGGCGAGGUACCGGCUGCUUGAUAGGCCGAUUGUGAAGGUGGAAGACACUUCAUCCAUUUCGAGUUGUGAACUGUGAACUAUAUACUUAAUAAAAAAACGUGUCGCGGAGUUCUGCGACACUAUUUA